AUGGAUGUGUCAAGCUCUUCCGCCGCGACUUUGACGCGACCAAGGGUUGUAAUACAGGUCCUUGCUGGAGUGACUGGUGUCUUCAUUGCCUGGCAGUUCUGGCAACAGUUCCGCCUGCAGCCUGCGACCUCAUCCUCCACCUCGACCUCCGCCUCUGGCUUCGACAGUGGCCUGCGCAGGAGCAACGCUGUUCGGAGGACUGAGCGCAGCACAAGACGGCAAAUCCAGGCCGCUUUGGAAGACGUCGAACACCAGCUCGGCUCCGACCAGAGGGAACACAUCGAGCCAAUCCUCAACCAUCAUUUUGGUAGGCAACUCGCCGACCACACUGGCGCAGCCCCCACCGCCGACGACUCAGAAUCCCCCGACCACGAUACACAUCAAGAUGAAAAUGCCGAGAACACUGAUUCUCGCCCACCAGCAACCGCCGGCGGCGUUGCAGGCGAAGCCGACACCGUCGCUGGCGAGGAACGUACAAUGGAGGAUGACUGGGCCCAUGACGAUGCAUGGAACAUCCCACCGCCAAGGGCAGGGCAUAACAUUGUCGGCCUCCUCUUUAGGGUCUCCGAGGAUAACGCUAGGCGCAACGCUUAUGUCCACCGCGGCUGUAUGUGCAACGCGUGCGGUCUCCUGCCCAUCCGCGGGAUCCGCUACCGGUGUGCGAACUGCUCCGACUUCGACCUCUGCGAGACAUGCGAGUCACAGGGCCUGCACAACAAGACGCACGUCUUCUACAAAGUUAAAGUCCCGGCCCCGCCUUUCGGUCCCAAGUCUAUGCAACCUGUCUGGUACCCCGGCGACCCCGACACUGCUUUGAGGAACCUACCCGGUGCUCUGAUCAGGCAACUGGCAAAGGAGACGGGCUUCGAGCGUCCAGAGCUGGAGGCAUUGUGGGAGCAGUGGACAUUCAUUGCAAACACUGAAUGGAGGGACGACCCGGAUGAGCUGUUCCUAGCAGCUGACAGGAAGACCUUUGAGAGAUAUCUCGUACCAUCCAGCGGAAAUCGACGAACUGCCCCGAAUCUCAUCCACGACCGCAUGUUUGCCUUCUAUGACACCAACGGCGAUGAUCUCAUCAGCUUCCCUGAGUUCCUGAUGGGCUUGUCCUACAAAAAGGGCAAGCAGAGACUCGAGCGCAUCUUCAAAGGCUACGACAUCGAUGGAGACGGAUACAUAUCUCGAAGAGAUUGCUUGCGCAUAUUCAGAACCUAUUACGUCCUCUACAAGCACAUGCACGGCGACGUCCUGGAAGGCCUGGACCAGCAGGUUAUGAACAACACCGAGACCCAGCAGCUGGUGACUGGCAGGCAGCCACUGAGCAGCCACUUUGGCCGCGAGGGUCGGGUUCCCGAAGCUGAUCAUGGCCGACCCAUGGAGGGCAAGAUUUUCCACGGCAAUGGAGACGUCUGGGUCAGCGACGACAUGAACGGCGUGGUGAAUGAGACACGGCCAGACGUUGGCGAUCGCGGCGAGAUUCUAUCAAGUCUUUUCAACCACGCUGGCCCGAGCGAUGGCGCAUAUGGCCGCAGAUACUUCACCGCCACUUCUGAACACGUUACCUCGCCGACUGGUGAUGAAGACGUAUCGCGCAUCUACCACGAGGCAUUGCUGAACCCUCCAACCCAAGUCGAAGAGCUCGUGUCUCUCUUGCAAGGCGAACCGCGAAACAUACAGCCAAGCGAACUGGCCCCGGUCGACCGAUACGAGCGGGAAGGCGAAGAAGCCGACGAGGAAAACGUGGCUAGUGAGGAAGAGACAUCAGCAGAGGAGGAGGAGGAGGAGUCUGCAGUUGAAGAUGUCAACCGCCCCGCUGACUACUUUCCAUCUUUCACGGACGCCUCUCGCGGUAGCUCCUCCGCCCCGCAAGUGGUCAGAGAUGUGAGCAGCGAGCGGUGGACCAACCGGCCACCCACUGAUAGCCAGCUACGUGCAUCGCAUCUCCGUUUGGAGGCUCAUAAGAAGAGGACGAUGGACCGGAAACUCAGGGCAACAGUGAGGAAAAAGCUGUUUGACCGGUGGAAGAAACGCAAUUUCUACCUGACUGAAGAGGAGGGAACCACUCCGCCCGAGGGCUGGAAUGCAGAGGACGAUGUCCUCGCGGACAUGAACGGAACCGAGGUAGCCGGGAGCUCAAAGGAUGGACAGCCCCCGCUGUCUGCUCGGUCACGGUCAUCAUCCAAGGUUCGCUUUGCCGAAGACACGGACGACUACGAAAUCAGAUCCAACCCAUCGACAUCCUCUAGGAGCGUUCCUGAGCGAUGGGGCGGCAUGGAAAUACCUGAUGCUGAGAGAGACAUGGGCAAGGAGAUCCUUUACGUCGUUACGCAGCAAGCUUUCAACGAACUUUUGGAUGUUUUGUUCAAGGAAAAGGAAGACCUCGCCGUCAAAGCCGCGGAGACGAAGGAAUACCGAGAGGCCUAUCGCGAUUUGCUCGACUCCCUCGAACAGGACAGGAGCAAGGACUCGGAGCAGCAUCAGGACGAGAACCGCAAUGGAAGUGAGGAGAACAGGGAGAAUGCAAACGGCAAUGGGAAAGCCAUCCUCAUCGAAGUCGACGAGAAGAAGCCGAUCCAAGAUAGAAACCUGGACGAGCUGCUCGCCACCUCAGGAUACACCAUUGACGAGGCCCUGGCUUCCAAGACCGAACAGAACGAGGAGGAAACAACCUCCGAGGAAGAAGAUUUCACUGAGGAGUCAUCGAUGGCCGAUGAACAAGAGACUGUUCCGAGCGACGCUUCCUACCGCGACCCAACCAUGCCUCAAUUCCGACCCAACAGCGACGCAGACGUCCCACCCGCUGCCGCAGCAACGACCUCAGCCCACCACCCCAAGCCAGCUCUCAGGAGCCGGCGCCCAGGCAAGCUGAGGAUCGUCAACGGCAGCGCCGGCAGGAAGCCAUCCAAGCCGCUGACCCGGCCGCCCGAGGCGGCGCUGCAGGAGUGGCGCAAGCACGACGCGGCCGAGAAGGAGGCCAAGGCGCGUGGCGGCUGGGGCCGGCUGGACCUGGCCGAGUUCAAGGACAUCUGGCACCGCGAGGAGAGCGGGCCGCACCGACUGGACUACAUGGGGACGUGGAUCGACUUUUGUAUACCCUAG